AUGAAAGCCAAACCACAGUUACCCAAAACACCUACCACCACACAAAUCUCUUGGGCCAACAGGGUCCGUGUUACUGAUUCCAGCACCAGAUUCACUUUGGAACCUCUUGAACGCCAGCCCCCAGGUCAUCGUUUGAAGGUUUCAGAAGACAUGCUAUUAGACAACGCAGAACAGUGGAACCGAUGUAUGGUUGGAUUUUUUCCUGGUUUUCGGAUGCCAUACCAUACUGUCAAUACCAUUGCCUCACGGGUUUGGAAACCAUAUGGCCUAGAGAAUGUUACUACGACAUCCAAUGGCUUCAUAAUAUUUAGAUUUACAACAGAAGAGCAGAUGCAUGUAAUUCUGGAGAAAGGACCUUGGAUGUUUGGAGGGAAAAACGUUGUUCUUCAGCAAUGGCAUCCUCACAUGCAGUUUGACAAAAACAAAAUCUCCACCUUACCUGUAUGGAUUCGACUGCAUGGGCUGCCAUUCCCUCUAUGGUCUAAGCAGGGAUUAAGCCUGGCUGCUAGCAUGGUCGGGCGACCUCUUUCAUGUGAUGAAUCAACUUACAAUUGCACGAGGCUAGAAUAUGCAAGGAUUUGUGUGAAAAUUGAUGCUUCCCUGCCCUAUAUCCAUGGAUUUGAUAUUGACAGUCCACUAUCAUCUGAGCCUAUUGCAAUCAAGGUUGAAUAUGAAUGGAAACCUACUAGAUGUGCAAAGUGCAGCGUAUUUGGUCAUUCAUGUCCUCUUAUUUCUGCACCGGCUCCUGCUCCUGAUCCUGUUAUUACUGUCCCUGUCCAAGACAAAGGUAAAACAAUUGCUAUUGAUCCAUUGCCACUAAACACCGAUUCCAACCCUUCCUCAAGUAACCCUGUUGUGCCUACCACCAAUACAUUAACCUCCCCGAUCACAACCAAUCCCUCACUACCCAUCCUACAUAAAGACACCAUCCCUCCACCUUUAAACCUCGAUACUGUUUUGAACCCUAUUCAAAAUAUAGCCACUGCCUCAUUGCCUCCUGCAACACCUUCCACUUCUCAACCCACGCUAACACCUACCAUAGAGCAUGCAAAUGAUCUUUUAAACAAAACCCAUAAAGAACCUUCACCUUCUCCCCAAGUUGAUGCUUCUAUUGAAUUUCCACAUUCCCCUGCUUUGGACACAAUCGAAUGCAUGGAAAGUAAGAUGGACUCUUUAAAGAGUCACAGUGAUGCCUUUUCGGCAGUUGAAGUCUCAGCUGAAAAUUCAACAGCUUCAAUCCCUCUUAAUGACAGCCAUGCUGGCUCCCCUGUUCCUUCACCGAAAACAAAUAAAAAGAAGAAGGGAGGCAGGAAACGCAAAGAGGCCAAGGAAACCAGGAUCACAGCCCCUCACCUCGAUACAGUUGCUUCCACCCUUGCCAUUUCCCCUUGGAAAUACACAUCCAACAUUAGCUCUUCCUCCAACUGCCGAAUCUUAAUCUGUUGGAACUCACAAAAGCUCUCACUUACUUAUACCACCUCCUCUGACCAAUGGUUAACUUGUGACAUUAACCAUAGCUCCUCCCCUACAUCCCACAUCAGAAUCACUUUUGUUUAUGGUCACAAUACCCCAGCUGAACGUAAUGCUCUUUGGGCUUAUCUUUGCACUGAAAGUUCCAACUCCUCUUGCACCCCCUGGAUUGUUCUUGGUGACUUUAAUGCCAUAUUGCAAGCGGGUGAUCGCUCAGGAGGGGAUACCAAUUGGUAUCGUCACUUGGAUGACUUUCCACGUUGUAUCAGUAAUGCAGGGCUUCUUCAAGUCCCAUACACAGGCCUAAAAUAUUCUUGGCACAACGGGCAGCAAGGGGAUCACGUAAUCCAGAAAAAAUUGGAUUGGAUAUUUGGAAAUUCUAACUUGUUUGCUAGUUUCCCUGCAGCUCAAGCUAUCUUUUUUCCAAGGGAAAUUUCUGAUCACAGUGCCAUGCUACUAUCACUCAAUCCUCAAGCUCAACAACAACAAUCCACAUUCAAAUUUUUGAAUACUUGGACUGAUAGAGAGGAUUUCAACGAGGUUGUUAGCAGAUCAUGGCAUACUACAGUUUUUGGUAAUCCUAUGUACCAGUUCACUAGCAAACUUCGUCUCCUGAAACAUGAGCUGAAGAAGUUUCAUCAUCAGCAUACAAAUCACAUUUCUAGUCGGGUUGCACAGGCCAAAGCUGCAUGGUUUGCUGCACAAACUUCCUUGGAUUGCAAUCCAUCUUCAACCGCUGCUAACGCCAUUGAAAGAGAGUGUGCAAAACUAUACAUGCAGCUGUGCAAAGAUGAAGAAUCGGUUCUUCAGCAGCGCUCAAGAAUACAGUGGUUACAACUUGGGGACAAAAACACAAAGUUUUUUCAUAAUUCAUUGCUGCAUCGGCAAGUCAGAAAUCGCAUUCACAGUUUGCAAGAUGCUACAGGCACUUCAAUCACUGAUCCACAGGCGAUGGGGAAGCUUGCUUCCACUUAUUAUGAGCAAUUACUAAAUGCUCCCCAAACAACUCACAAUCAUGAUUUCCAGCAUGUUUUCUCCAAGAAGAUUUAUGCAGCAUCUAGUUCAUCCUUGCACCUACCAAUUACUGAUGAUGAAAUUAAGAAUGCAUUAUUCUCAAUCCCAGACAACAAAGCUCCAGGCCCUGAUGGUUACAAUGCAUUUUUCUUCAAACAUUGUUGGAGCAUUAUAGGUGUCGAAUUCAUUACAGCAGUCAGGUAUUUUUUCAAUACCAAUUCUCUGCCAAGAUGUGUCAAUGCCACCCGAAUCGCCCUUGUACCCAAAGUUCAGAAUCCAGCUUGCAUGCAUGACUUUCGACCGAUCUCUUGUUGCAAUGUUCUGUAUAAAUGCAUUUCCAAGAUUAUUGUGAGCAGGUUAAAGACAACUUUGGUUGAUGUAAUUGGACCCUCUCAGUCGGCUUUCUUACCAGGAAGACAUAUUUCUGAUGCCAUACUACUCACACAGGAACUCAUGCAUAAUUCACAUCAUCAAAAUGGCCCUCCCCGGUGUGCUCUUAAGGUUGACCUAACGAAAGCUUUUGACACGGUGAGAUGGGAUUUUAUCAUAGCAGGUUUAAAGGCUAUUGGUCUUCCCAGCCAACUGAUACAUUGGAUCGAAAUUUGCAUCUCCACGGCACAUUACACUGUCAAUCUAAAUGGGGCACUGCAUGGCUUCUUCACUGCUACAAGAGGCAUUAGACAAGGCGAUCCACUCUCCCCUUAUCUGUUUGUUCUGGCAAUGGAAGGUUUGGGUGGAAUACUCAGUCAGCAAACACAGCAAACCAAAUUUAAAUACCAUUGGCGUUGUGCUCCGAACAGAAUUACCCAUCUUUGUUUUGCAGAUGAUCUCAUGCUCUAUUGUCAUGCAGACACCUAUUCGGUUGGCAUAUUCAAGGCGUGCUUGGACACAUUUUCAGAGCUCUCAGGUCUCACUAUCAAUCACGGCAAGAGUUCACUAUACCUUUCAGGCAUAGAUGAAGCCACUAAAACCAGUAUCUGCAACCAGAUGGGAAUCCAAAUGGGAACUCUUCCAGUACGAUAUCUUGGUGUCCCACUAAUUUCAACACGGCUUACACAUGCAGAUUGCCUUCCCCUGAUUGAUCGUAUCAUUUCCAGAAUUAAACUUUGGACUUCCUCUUCUCUUACCUAUGCUGGCCGACUUCAACUUAUUAAAUCGGUUCUAUUUUCUAUACAAGUUUAUUGGUCUUCCAUGUUCAUCUUCCCGCGAGCUACCAUUCAGAAACUAGAGAGUAUACUGUCUGCAUUUUUGUGGAAGGGUUCUUCAAUGUCUCAUGCUGGAGCAAAGGUUGCUUGGCAUACUCUCUGUUACCCGUUAAAAGAAGGAGGACUGGGAAUCAAAAGUCUCACAACUUGGAAUAAGGCAGCUACUAUGAAACAUAUAUGGCACCUUUUAGUUGACAAGGAUUCUAUAUGGUCUGUUUGGGUUACAACAAUUCUUCUUCGCAAAAGACCAUUCUGGUACAUUCCCAUCCCUUCAUCUCCAUCUUGGUCCUGGCGGAAAAUUUUGCAGAUACGGGAAGAAUGCAGAGGAUGGUUCAUCUCACACGUUGACAAUGGUGCUUCUACUUUUCUUUGGUAUGAUUUUUGGCUUCCAGGAGGACAUCGGCUGCUUGAUUUAAUCCCUUUGCGGAGUCUAACUUCCACAGGCUUAUCUUGGAAUGCAAAGGUUGAAGACAUUAUACAAGAUCACAGUUGGGACUUCCCAACUACACUGCAGGAGCUGUACCCAAUAUGGAAUUCCAUCACAUUCAAUCCUCAUCCAACAAGAGAGGAUCAAUGGCUAUGGACAGGACAUCAUUCAGGCACGUUCAACAUUCAUUCUGCAUGGGACAUGCUCCGGGAUAAAAAACCAACUGAUUGCAUGCAUCAUCUACUGUGGUUCAAAGGCCAUAUUCCUCGACAUGCCUUCAUCCUAUGGUUAGCUAGCCUUGGUAGGUUACGCACCAUGGACAGAUUGCAUGGUGCAGUCAUGAACUCCCAAUGUGUCUUAUGUGAUCAACAUGACGAAACUCAUGGACACUUAUUUUUUGAAUGCACUUAUACUAAAUCAGUAUGGGAGACAGUGUGUAACAGAGUCAAAGUCUUUUGGCCAAUUACACCGUGGCGAAAUCUUCUUCAAUGGGCUGCAUCACACUACACGAAGAAGAAUAAUAUGGAUCACAUUAUAGCACGACUCCUCUUAUCAGCUACUGUUUAUUUCCUUUGGCAUGAAAGGAAUAACAGAGUUUUCAAUAACAAUGCUCAAGCACACCAUACGACAGCAGAGGCGAUAUUUCAACAGAUAAGGACACACAUUGCAAAUAUGGACCAUGCAGGCACCAUCUCAGCCAUGACUCUUCUCUCCUGGAACCUCCAAGACGCAUAG